UAGUAAUAAAUAGUGCAAUCGAUGCGAUGGAUAAAAAAAGAAAGUGAAAAAAAGGCGCAAGGGAGAUGGAUCAGGAUCAGGAUCCGAAAUCCACGGGUUCCGGCGACACUACGGCGGCGAUUGAGCACAAGUCGUUCGCUCGGAUCGGAUAUCUGGGGAACCCAAGCGAUGUUUACUUCGGGCGUACCAUAGCCUUCACUAUCGGCAACUUCUGGGCGUCCGUAAAGCUCGAGCCGUCCGAACAUCUCUUCAUCAAGCCUCAUCCAUUCCACGAUCUUGUCCAGUUCACCUCUCUCGACCAUCUCCUGAGUCGCUUGCAAAAUGAAGGUUACUACGGUGGUGUAAGGUUGCUAAUGGCGAUUUGUAAAGUAUUCUGUAACUAUUGCAAAGAUAAUGGCAUCCAACUUCAUCAACGGAACUUCACUCUUUCUUACGAUACCAAUAUCCCUAGGCAGACAGGGCUCUCAGGUUCUAGUGCCAUCGUAUCCGCUGCUCUUAGCUGCCUUCUUGACUUCUACAACGUCAGGCAUAUGAUCAAAGUACAAGUUCGGCCUAAUCUUGUUCUCAAUGCAGAGAAAGAACUUGGUAUUGUCGCAGGCCUUCAAGACCGGGUGGCUCAGGUGUAUGGUGGUCUUGUUCACAUGGAUUUUAGCAAGCAACACAUGGAUAAAUUGGGACAUGGGAUUUACACUCCUAUGGAUAUCACUCUCCUUCCGCCUUUGCAUCUCAUCUAUGCUGAGAAUCCUAGCGACUCAGGGAAGGUACAUAGCAGGGUUCGGCAGAGAUGGUUAGACGGUGAUGAGUUGAUAAUCUCAUCAAUGGAAGAAGUUGGAAAUCUAGCAGAAGAAGGUCGAACUGCAUUACUCAACAAGGACCACUCCAAACUCGUGGAGCUUAUGAACCGUAACUUUGACCUGCGGAGGAGGAUGUUUGGGGACGAAUGCUUAGGAGCAAUGAACAUAGAGAUGGUGGAAGUUGCAAGGAGGGUUGGUGCAGCUUCAAAGUUCACUGGAAGUGGAGGAGCAGUGGUGGUUUUCUGUCCUGACGGUCCAUCUCAGGUGAAGCUUUUGGAAGAAGAAUGUCGGAAAUCGGGAUUUAUACUUGAGCGGGUGAAGAUUGCCCCUUCAUGUUUGAAUGAUUCCGACAUUCACGCCUUAUCAAAGCCUUGAUUGAUUGAGUCGAGAAUUUACUUCCCACUUCCAGAGAGCUUUUGCUUUUGUUGUUUCGGUACUUGUCAUCAACUCAGGGGAUCAAGCCUUUAUGCGCUCACACCCCUUUUUUUUUAUGUUCAUUUUUUUAUUUUCUUUCUCUUGCAUAUUUUUCUAUUUUGUUCCCCGUCUUUUCCUUGGCUUUAUCCCUUUCUUCAAACUUUAAACUGUUUUAUUUUUUUUUCA